AUGCGUGAGGCUGCGGAGCGGCGGCAGCAGCUGGAGUUGGAGCAUGAGCAAGCCCUGGCCGUUCUCAACGCCAAGCAGCGGGAAAUCGAGCUUCUGCAGAAGUCCAAAGUUCGAGAGCUGGAGGAGAAAUGCAGGACCCAGAGUGAGCAGUUCCACCUGCUCUCUCGGGAGCUGGACCGGUUCCGGCAGCACGCGGGCAGGACCGACCUGCUGGGCGGCGGCCUGGCGUCCCUCCUCGACGCCUCCCUGGCCCCUGGAAAGCCUUUCCCCAAGUUCAUGAAUGGAUUAGCGACCUCCCUAGGUAAAGGUCGUCUGGAGGACUCCGAGGGACGCUGUGCUGUGACAGGGGACUAUAUUCCGCUGUCCAGGGACAAGCCGGAGCCUUCGUGUGCCAAGCCUACCUUCCUGCCUCCGGCCAGCAGCCCAAGAUGCAGAAUUGAGUCCGAAAUGGAUAAUGAACGGAACUCCAAUACCUCAAAGCAGAGAUUCUCGGGGAAGGUGCACCUCUGUGUGGCCCGCUACAGCUACAACCCCUUCGAUGGACCCAAUGAAAACCCCGAAGCCGAGCUGCCCCUCACGGCGGGAAAAUACCUCUAUGUGUACGGAGACAUGGACGAAGAUGGCUUCUACGAAGGAGAGCUGCUGGAUGGGCAGAGGGGCCUGGUGCCCUCCAACUUCGUGGACUUCAUCCAGGAUAAUGAGUCGCGGCUGGCGGGCACUCUGGGAAGCGAGCAGGACCAGAACAUCAUCAACCAUGCGGGCCUCGGCCUGGAGGACGGACACAUCCUCACGCUCCACUCCCCGACCCUGGUGGGCCCGGCCGUCACCGACAACGUCGGGGGGACGCUGGACGUGAGCAUCGACGACAUCGGAGAAGACACCGUGCCUUACCCCAGAAAGAUCACCCUCAUCAAGCAGCUCGCCAAGAGCGUCAUUGUGGGCUGGGAGCCGCCAGCCGUGCCGCCCGGCUGGGGCACCGUGAGCAGCUACAGCGUGCUGGUGGACAAGGAGCCCCGCCUGAGCCUCACCCUGGGCAGCAGGACCAAGGCCCUCAUCGAGAAGCUGAACACGGCCGCCUGCACCUACCGCAUCUCGGUGCAGUGCGUGACCAGCAGGGGCCGCUCGGACGAGCUGCAGUGCACCCUGCUGGUGGGCAAGGACGUGGUGGUGGCCCCCUCGCAGCUGCGCGUGGACAACAUCACGCAGAUCUCCGCCCAGCUCUCCUGGCUGCCCACCAACAGCAACUACAGCCACGUCAUCUUCCUCGACGAGGAGGAGCUGGACAUCGUCCGGGCGGCCAGGUACAAGUACCAGCUCUUCAACCUCAGGCCCAAUGUGGCCUACAAGGUGCGGGUUCUGGCCAAGCCCCACCAGAUGCCCUGGCAGCUGCCUCUGGAGCAGAGGGAGAAGAAAGAGGCCUUUGUGGAGUUCUCCACGCUGCCCGCAGGCCCUCCGGCCCCCCCGCAAGACGUCACCGUCCACGCCGGGCCCACGGCGGCUGCCGUCCAGGUCUCCUGGAAGCCGCCUGCACUGACUCCCGCCGGGCUGUCCAACGGAGCAAACGUCACCGGCUAUGGCGUCUAUGCCAAAGGGCAGAGGGUGGCCGAGGUCAUCUUCCCGGUGGCGGACUGCGCGGCGGUGGAGGUCCUGCGGCUGCAGAGCCUGGAGGCCAGCGCCGUGACCGUGCGCACGCUGUCCGUGCAGGGCGAGUCCGUGGACUCAGUGCCCGCGGCCGUGCCCCCCGGCCUCCUGGUACCUCCGGCCCCCCACCCGAGGACUGCCCCCCCACCAAAGCCAUUAGCAACUGCCCCCGACACCAAAGACAAGCACCUGGGGCCUCACGCCAAGGCCGACACGUCCUGGGAGCAGAGCCGGGCGCCGGCCCCACCACACCGGCACACGCUGGAGCCACCGGGCCUGCAGGGCCCCGAGCCCGGGAGGAGGUCACCCUCGCCCAGCCGGAUCCUCCCGCAGCCCCAGGGAGCGCCCGUGUCCACCACCGUGGCCAAGGCCAUGGCCCGAGAGGCCGCACAGAGGGUGGCAGAGAGCUGCCGGUUAGAGAAAAGGAGCCUCUUCCUGGAUCGGGGGGACGCGGGGCAGGACGCCAACUCGGACGAAGAAGACGGCUACACCUCCCCCAAGGUCAAGAGGAGAGGCGCGUCGGUGGACGACUUCCUGAAGGGGUCGGAGCUGGGCAAGCAGCACCCCUGCUGCCAUGGAGAUGACUACCACACGGAGAGCAGCCGGGGCUCCGACCUCUCGGACAUCAUGGAGGAGGAUGAGGAGGAGCUGUACUCUGAGAUGCAGCCGGAGGACGGAGGCCGGCGGAGGCCCAGCGGCACCUCCCACAAUGCCCUCAAGAUCUUAGGAAACACCGUGCUGGCUGGACGGGCAGACAGAGCGGAUCACGAGGGCCGGAGGGUGUCCCACGGCAGCGCCGGCCCGCACAGGCCCCGGCCGGCGAUGGCCCCCGCUCUCGGUGAGCACACCCCGCGGGACCGCCUCUCUCCAGACUUCUACGAGGAGUCGGAAACCGACCCCGGCGCCGAGGACCUCCCGGCCCGCAUCUUCGUGGCUCUGUUUGACUACGACCCGCUCACCAUGUCCCCGAACCCCGACGCGGCCGAGGAGGAGCUGCCCUUCAAGGAAGGACAGAUCAUCAAGGUGUAUGGCGAUAAGGAUGCGGACGGAUUCUACCGGGGGGAGACCUGCUCCCGGCUCGGCCUCAUCCCUUGUAACAUGGUGUCCGAGAUCCAGGCGGCCGACGAGGAGAUGAUGGAGCAGCUGCUGAGACAAGGUUUCCUCCCGCUGAACACGCCCGUGGAGAAAAUUGAAAGGAGCUGGCGCGGUGGCCGGCCCCACGCCUCAUCAACGCGAAGAAUGGUGGCCCUGUAUGACUAUGACCCCCGAGAGAGCUCCCCCAACGUGGACGUGGAGGCCGAGCUUCCGUUUUGCACAGGAGAUAUUAUUACUGUUUUUGGUGAGAUCGACGAAGAUGGAUUUUAUUAUGGGGAGCUGAACGGGCAGAAAGGCCUGGUACCUUCGAACUUCCUGGAGGAAGUGCCUGAUGACGUGGAGGUGUAUCUCUCCGACGCCCCAUCCCACUACUCCCAAGACCCAGCCCUGCGCUCCAAGGCCAAGCGGAAGAAGAGCGUUCAUUUCACACCUUAA